AUGAAUCACCGCGCGGCGCGGCGCGCGCGAGGGGUUCGACGGGCGUAUAGGAAUUUAAUCACCAAGGUACACCCGGAUAAGGGUGGGGACGCGGAGGCGUUCGCGAACAUUCAACGCGCGUACGACGUGCUGAGCGACGACGCCAAGCGCGAGCGCUACGACGAGACGGGUACGUUUGAAAAGACGGUCGAGGAGGAACUCCUGGAUGAAUUCGGUGGCGGCGUUUUCAGGGAUAAACUCAAGGAGGAGCAAGAGCGCAAGGAAUCCCUCGCGGAGGCGAUCGUGAAGACGGAGCGCGAUAAGGGGUCGCACACGGCGGGGUUCGAGGCGUGGCUUCGAGCGCGCGGUCCCGACGCGAGCAAAACCUUGGGCGUAGACGACAUGAUCGAUCGAUUCGGCGUGAACAAGGGUUCGUACGAUGAAGUUAUUUUACCGAAGAUUCGAGCCUAUCGCGUCGGCGCGUCCGCGCCAGGGAAGUUUGAGCUGAGCUCGGAGGCGAUUCCGCCCACGCUCGAGUGGGGCGAGGUCCUCGUGAACAUCCGCGUGGCGCCGAUCAAUCCCGCGGACGUCGACGCGAGCGCGAUGGCGAAGCGCGGGAAGUUCCCGUACAUCGCCGGUUCCGACGGCGUCGCCACGGUCGUGAAAGUCGGCGCCGGGGUGAAAUCUCUGAACGAAGGAGACUGGGUGUUUCCGUACGCCGGCGAUCUCGGAACCUGGCGCUCGCUCGCGGUUUGGAAAGAGAAGGAUCUGAUCAAGAUUCCCUCGGACAUUCUCCCGUUCGAACACGCGGCGAUGAUUCGCGAGAUGUGCGUCGCGUAUCGCCUGCUCGAGGAUUUCGGAAGCCUCAAGCCCGGAGACGCGGUCGUUCUCAACGCGGCGACGUCCACCGUCGGCCAGUGCGUCGUGCAGCUGUGCUCGAUGCUCAAGUUACGAGCGAUCGCGAUCGUGCGCGAACGCAAGGAUUUCGAAAAGACGGAGGCUUGGUUGAAGUCGCUCGGUGCUUCCGAAGUGCUCAAGGACGAGGGAUCGCUCGCGCGCGAGUUGACGUCGAGGAACUUAUUCGCCAAGCCGCGCUUGGCGCUCGACGCCGUCGGCGGCGCCUCCGCGGUGCGUCUCGCCGAGUCGCUCCAAACCGGAUGCCCACUCAUCGUGUACGGUAACAUGAGCGGCAUGGCGGCGACGUUCCCUUGGAGCGCUUGGACGCAAAACGCCCUCAUCGUCCGCGGAUUUUCGCUCAGACAGUGGAUGAGCGAUCACAAGAAGAAGGUGCCCAAGAUGCUCGAGACGCUCGGCAAGCUCUCGCGCGCCGACAAGCUCGCGAUUCAAUACACCGAUUACGAGCUCGCAUCCGAGUUCGAGGAGGCGCUCGAGCAUGCGCGUGAAGAUUUCAAAUCCACGAAAAUCUUACUUCGCGUGAACGACAUCGGAACGACGUACGACGGCGCCGGCGGCGCGGCGCCGCCCGCGUGA